GCUCCUUUUGCUGGGGCUUGGUGGGAGCCACCACGGGAGCGAAAGCUAACAAAACAAGCGGCGGAGGCGGCUUUGUAUUUGCUUAAAGGAGCCGCGCUCGCCGCGCAGCCUGAUCCAGGGGGGGAGGAAGAGCGGAGGGACCAACUCGAGCGCGCCCAGGUGGGACGGAGGAUCCGGGCUCGGCGACCGCGGAGAACAGAGGAGGAUUUACUCGGAGGAGGAAGAGGAGCGGGAUCUACCGGAGCGAGGGAGGAAGAGGAGCCUUUAGAAGCGCGCCGGACGGGACGCCCGGGCGGCUCUCGGAGAGCGAUCCAAGCCGGGAGGGGCGAUGCGAGCGGGGCUGGCGGCGGCGGCGGAGCCCGCAGGCUGGAGCCGGGCAAAGUUUGCUCCAUGAUGGCUUGAGCGGGGCGGCCGGAAAGUUGUCGGGAGCGCCCGCUGCAGGCUCGGUCUCUGGCCCCGGCGGGUCGGCUCCUUUGCCCGAGCAGCCACCUGCGUGCGCCUUCGCACCGUACCCCUUUCUUCCUUUUUCUUUUUUUGGUUUUCUUUUCGGCCAUGUCGAAGGUGAUCCAGAAGAAAAACCACUGGACGACCAAAGUGCACCAGUGCUCGGUCAGCCGCGGGGCUCAGGGCGAGCUGGGGGUGCCCAUCCUGGGGGGAGCGGAAUAUGGCGAGUUUCCUUACGUCGGGCCGGCGGCGGACAGCGAUGGGGGGGCGACGCUUCCCGCGGGCGGCGGCGAGGAAGGGAAGCUGAGCGAAGGGGAGCUGCUGCUGGAGGUUCAGGGCAUCCGGGUGUCGGGCUUGCCCCGCUACGACGUGCUGGGAGUUAUCCGCAGCUGCAAGGACCCCGUCAUUUUCAAAGCCGUCAGACAAGGAAGUCGUCUGAACAAAGAUCUGAGACAUUAUCUCAACCAGAGGUUUCAGAAAGGAUCUCCGGACCAUGAGUUGCAGCAGACUAUUAGAGAUAACCUUUAUCGCCAUGCGGUGCCUUGCACAACCCGUCCUCCACGAGAAGGAGAAGUGCCUGGUGUGGAUUAUAACUUUCUGACUGUGCAGGAGUUCCGUGAGCUGGAGAAAAGUGGGACUCUUCUUGAAGUAGGAACGUAUGAAGGUAACUAUUAUGGAACACCCAAACCUCCCAGCCAACCCCUCAGUGGGAAAGUGAAUAACACUGAUGCUUUGCAAAACCUCCAAUCCGGCUCCAAGCAGUCGACCCCCAAACGAACCAAGUCUUACAAUGAUAUGCAAAAUGCUGGCAUAGUGCAUACAGAGAAUGAAGAAGAAGAUGACGUCCCUGAAAUGAACAGCAGCUUUACAGCGGACUCUGGUGAACAAGACAAGCACAAUACACACAGUACGAGAGAGACAGCUCUUGCGCCUGUGAAUAGCAACAUCACAACUGUUCCCACCACGGAACCUUCUCAGAAGCUCCCUCAAUACCUACCUCCUUGUGCAGAGGAAAACUUGGGCCCUCUGCCUGAAAACUGGGAGAUGGCCUAUACAGAGAAUGGAGAAGUCUACUUUAUAGACCAUAACACUAAAACUACGUCUUGGCUAGACCCACGGUGCCUGAAUAAACAGCAAAAGCCUCUAGAAGAAUGUGAAGAUGACGAAGGGGUACACACGGAGGAACUGGACAGUGAACUAGAACUACCUGCUGGUUGGGAAAAGAUUGAAGAUCCUGUAUAUGGUGUCUACUAUGUAGAUCACAUCAACAGGAAGACACAAUAUGAGAAUCCAGUUCUGGAAGCCAAACGGAAGAAACAGCUUGAGCAUCCGCAGCCGCAGCCCCAGCCCCAGCCCCAGCCAGCACCCCCAGAAGAAUGGACAGAAGAGCAUCCCCCAAUUCCCCCUCCUGCUGUUCCAAACCAUGUUCCUAACAACCAGGAGACAGUUCGAGAUGCACCAGUACAAGGAAAACCAUUUUUCACACGAAACCCAUCUGAGCUGAAAGGGAAGUUCAUUCACACCAAACUGAGGAAAAGCAGCAGGGGGUUUGGCUUCACUGUCGUCGGAGGGGACGAACCGGAUGAGUUUCUUCAGAUAAAGAGUUUGGUUCUUGACGGCCCUGCUGCUCUAGAUGGCAAAAUGGAAACAGGAGACGUUAUUGUCAGCGUGAAUGACACGUGUGUGUUGGGCCAUACGCAUGCUCAAGUUGUGAAAAUCUUCCAGUCCAUUCCCAUUGGUGCCAGUGUGGACCUAGAACUGUGCCGAGGGUAUCCUCUGCCUUUUGACCCAGAUGACCCUAACACAAGCCUGGUGACAUCUGUGGCCAUUUUGGAUAAAGAACCAAUCAUUGUGAACGGGCAGGAAAAUUACGACUCUCCAGCAAGCCACGGUAGCAAAACUGGUAAAGUAAAUGGGACGAAGGAGCCAAGGCCUAGCAGUCCUGCUGAGAUUUCUUCAAAUGGAUCCCAUGCCUAUCCUAAUGACACUGUCUCAUUGGCUUCUUCUAUAGCAACGCAACCUGAACUCAUAACUGUACAUAUAAUUAAAGGACCCAUGGGCUUUGGUUUUACUAUAGCAGACAGUCCUGGGGGCGGGGGACAGCGAGUGAAGCAAAUUGUUGACAGCCCAAGGUGCCGAGGCCUAAAAGAAGGGGAUCUUAUAGUCGAAGUCAAUAAGAAGAACGUGCAGAAUCUUACUCACAACCAAGUUGUGGAUAUGCUGAUUGAAUGUCCUAAAGGAAGUGAAGUGACAUUGCUUGUGCAGCGAGGAGGACUGCCAGCUCCAAAGAAGAGUCCCAAGUCGCAACCGCUUGAAAGGAAAGAUAGCCAAAACAGCUCUCAACACAGCGUAUCCAGCCACCACAGCACACACACUGCUUCGCCUGUUCACAGCACUCAGGUGCUUCCCGAAUAUCCCGCCACUGAAGCUCCAGCUGCGGACCAACCAGACAACGCUGGGCAGAAGAAGCCGGAUCCAUUCAAAAUCUGGGCCCAGUCCAGGAGCAUGUAUGAAAGCCGACCUAUGUCACCUUCGCCUGCGACUGGACUGAGCAAGGGUGAAAGAGAGAGAGAAAUCAGUUCCACGAAUUUUGGAGAAUUUCCAGAUUACCAAGAGCAGGAUAUCUUUCUAUGGAGAAAGGAAACUGGGUUUGGAUUCAGGAUUCUUGGCGGCAACGAGCCUGGAGAACCGAUUUACAUUGGUCACAUCGUGCCACUGGGUGCUGCGGAUGCUGACGGCCGCCUGCGAUCAGGGGACGAGUUGAUCUGCGUGGAUGGGACUCCAGUGGUGGGGAAGUCGCAUCAGCUUGUGGUGCAGCUUAUGCAACAGGCAGCCAAGCAAGGCCAUGUCAAUUUAACCGUCAGGCGCAAAGUGGUGUACACAGUUCCAAAAGCUGAGAACGAGGUGCCAUCUCCAGCUUCAUCUCAUCACAGCAGCAACCAGCCUGCUUCUCUGACAGAGGAGAAACGCACCCCGCAGGGAAGCCAGAACUCCCUCAACACCGUCAGUUCAGGCAGCGGCAGCACCAGCGGAAUCGGAAGCGGAGGUGGCGGCGGGAGCGGCGUGGUCAGCACGGUAGUGCAGCCCUAUGACGUGGAGAUUCGUCGUGGAGAGAAUGAGGGCUUCGGCUUUGUCAUUGUGUCUUCGGUUAGUCGGCCAGAAGCUGGAACCACUUUUGCGGGCAAUGCAUGUGUGGCCAUGCCUCACAAAAUAGGUCGGAUUAUUGAGGGGAGCCCAGCAGACCGCUGCGGGAAGCUGAAAGUGGGGGACCGGAUAUUGGCCGUCAACGGAUGCUCCAUCACCAACAAAUCACAUUCGGACAUCGUCAACCUAAUUAAAGAAGCCGGGAACACGGUCACUCUGCGCAUCAUUCCAGGGGAUGAAUCUUCCAACGCUACUUUGUUGACCAACGCGAGAAAAAUUGCUACCAUUACAAUCCACGAUACCCCCCUCAGCAGAUACCACAGGAGACCUCAGGGAACAACACACAAACCAAAGCAGGAGUCCCAGUUCGAGUCUGCCACCCCCCAGCUUCACAGGGACCAGGAUUUGCACAGUUGAACUUUGAAAGAGGAGAGCCAGCUGUUUGGUUUUAUGAAGUCAUGCGAAGGCCGCCGUGAAUAUAACACAUGGACUCUCUACGCGGCUGCAGCAUGUGAGGAUUGUCCCAUGGAGAGAUGUGGAAAAAUGAGGAUUGGUGAUGAAAUCCUGGAGAUCAAUGGAGAAACUACAAAGAACAUGAAGCAUGCCCGGGCCAUAGAACUGAUUAAAAAUGGCGGCCGCAAAGUUCGCCUCUUUCUCAAACGCGGAGAUGGUUCUGUACCAGAAUAUGACCCCAGCAGUGACAGGAACAGCCCAGCCACAGGUUCACAAAAUGUACCGGAAGUGAGAAACGUGCCAUCGGACCGACGACAACACUCAUCACUGGAGCCCAGUUAUCCACCAGAUCUUCACAAAUCAUCACAACACGGAGACAAGCGGAUAUGUUUUAAGGACCCAAAAGGCAGCAAAGAGUUUGGCAGGCAAUCCAAUGAACACCACACUUGGAAUGGGACUUCUAAAAACAGCAAUAGCAUAGCAGGCAGGAAAAAAGACAGGUCCCCGGAAGGGAGGCGCGACCGGCCGUCGGACAGAGUGGUGGUGAUCAACGGACCGAAACGGAAAUCUCCUGAAAAGAGGAGGGAGGGGACCAGGAGUGCUGAUAAUACCUUAGAGAGAAGGGAACGACAUGAGAAGAGGAGAGACUUUUCUCCAGAAAGACGAAGGGAAAGGUCUCCAACCCGCAGGAGGGACGUAUCACCCAGUAGAAGAAGGCGGUCACUUGAGAGGCUGAUGGAUCAAAGGAGAUCCCCAGACAGGAAAAGAGAGGGCUCACCCUCUGAAAGGAGGGCGAAGUCGACCGACAGGAGGAGAGAGAGGACCCCAGAAAGGAGGAGAGAGAGGUCUCCCGACAAAAGGAAUAGAGAUGACAAAGUUGGCUUCAGGGAGAAGGAAGAGCGCGCUCUAAAAUAUGACACCAGUAAAAAUAAUAGGCAACCCCUUGAGCAAAGGCGGAGACCCUACAAAGAGUGCAGUACUGACCUCAGUAUCUAAUGGGCUUUGUAGGCCUAUGAUACUAUUGCGGCCUUUCCCGACGUUCAGAGUUCACAAGAAGGAAGGUAGCAACCUGAAUCCCUUUUAGUUCCUCGCGUCUAAUGCCUCCAAGAGCAAACAUUGAAAUAAAAUCUGAUCACGAGAGAGAGUUGUGCCUAGUGUAUAACAACAUUAAAGAAUUUUCCAAUGGAUUUGUAUUUUUUUUUUUAAAAAAAGAUACUUGCCAAAUGUUCAACCAGAAGGAUUAUAAAAAUUAUGUUCUUCCAUAAUCAGUAACCAUAAUUAUCAUCCUUUUAAUUGGUUAUUUUUGUUUGCUUUGUUGUCCUUUUGUUAGUUAUUUGGAGAGAAAAACCACCAGCGGUAAAAGAUUUCAUGACCAAUCACACUGAUUUAUUUGAAUUGAUUCACUGGGAUGAUGCGUGUAGGAUUUUCUGUAGGAGCAGUUGGAGGAAGGGAGAGGUGUAUCAGUUAAAAACUGAGAACAACUAUAGAAGUUUUUCCUUGACAAAUUAGGAAUGUCUUGCCUAUUAAUGUCAACUCUUCGAAGAGCCUUCUGUUGGGAUGAAGGAUAUUUAUACAGAUCCACACAGCACAAGAUAUUAAGGAACUUGUAGUUUGUUCCAUGAACAGCGAGUACUUUGGGGUCUCCUUUGAAAGGAAGCGAGGUGGCCAAGGACUGGUCUCCAUUGUGUCUUGUGUCAUGUGAGGGAUAAACCAUCCAGUUUGUUCAUCUCUGCAACAUUAAACCAUGUCUCACAAAGGUGGCACCCGUGUGGCUCUUGUUCUCCUUUUAGGACUACACGGAUGAAACUGGAAUCCAAAUGCUAUCAUUUGUCUGCUUUGAAAGGAAGUGGAUGUUAAAUUUGGUUCCUUUGUCAGAAUGAAUUUUGAGGAACAAACGCUUCUUUCCAAGAGUGGGGUCACUCGUCAGACUUCCCCCCCCCCCUUUUUGCCAAAUUGUAUCUGCCUCUCUAGGCUUCUAUGGUUUUUUGGGGUUUUUUUGCGGGCGGGUGUUAAGUUACCCGAUUGCUUUUAAAUGAGAUUUUUAAAAAGAAGCAAUGUCUGGAAAGCUUGGGUUUCAGGCUGUGAUAUGGUUUAUGCCGUACUUUUAACUGUAAAGAAUGGAAAACACCAAUACAAGGUGUAUUUUUUUUACAAUGGCGAGUUUGAGUGGUAAAUCUGCUGUAGUAUUGAUACGAGAUUUUAAUAGAUUACUGCCUAGCUGAGCCAAAACGUUUGCCAUUACUGUUGGACCACUAAAAGUUUAAAAUUGCUGCUUUUUUUUUUUUACAGUGCAUUGGUGUGUACACGUAUGCUGUUUCACCAUGUUUUCCAUACACACCCACAUAAACACACACCCAAACUAAGGAUUACAAGUCUAUCACUGUUGUUGCCAUGGUACUGUAAAGGAGAAGAAAAAAAGAUGGCCAAUCAUUGUGUGUACAGAGUUUAAAUUGUAAUUAAUAGAGCCUGUUGAAGAAAAAUGACAAACUGUUGCCUUUUUUUCUUGUACAGAAGAGAAUUUAUGACAAAAAAAUUUAGCUGUGAGGAAUGUGCUAAGUGUUUAUAUUUCUUUUAAAAAAUGGAACAAAUUGAUUCGUGGGGAAUAUAUUUUAAUGUAAACUGAAUCAGGUAUGUAAAGCUGUUUUAAACAGGAGACUAGCACAGUCACUCCGAUGCAUUUGUUGGUUUGAAUGGCCUAUCUUUCCUCGCAGCAAGGGGCCUGCCCAUGUGAUCCCACCAAGCACUCGUGUGCAAUCUGUGUUCUUUAGUUAUCAUUUCCUGCAGUGUGCUAUAGUCAUAAUGCUCUUUUCUGUGUUGAUGAAAAUCAGUAAUGUGGGCCAAUCUUUUUUAUAAAAAAACAAACAAACACUAUGCAUAUAUAAAUACUACAUUGUUCAUAGCUUUAUUUGACUUAAUCGGGUUUAUACAUAACAUUAGUUAAAAGUAGGUGUGGACUUUACCCAGUAAAAGAUUCUUUCCUUGGGACAAAGCAUAAUGUAUAUGAUGUAGCUACUUGGAAGGAAAGGGUCUGUGAAUGCUAUUUUUAUUAUCAAAUAAAGAUUUCCAUACAAAGCAUAAA